AUGGCGGAUCAUAAGGCAGGAGGCAUUGUGAAGAAAGGGCACGAGGAGGGCCUGAAUAUGGCCACCUCUCUUCAAGAGUUCGAGCUCCUGCUGGGGCUUCUCCCUCUGGCCGACGUCAUUGAAGUCGGGUAUGUGAAAGAGACGGGCUACAUGUGGAUUGUGCAGAAGAAGAAGGUUGAGCACGAGUUCAAGAAGAUCAGUAAGCUGGUGAGCUAUGACACUGAGAUAAUAGGCUUCAUUCAGAAGAGCAAGAUCAAGAAGCUCAAGGGAGUAAAGGCUACGGAGCUCAUGCUGUGGCCUCCAGUGAGUGAGAUCACCGCCGAUAAUUCAACAACUGGGAAGAUUUAUUUCAAGAGUCUUGCUGGGAUUACAAAGACUUUUCCCUGUUGA